GCAAACCCAAAUCCACUUCAUCUUCUUCCUCCUUUCCUCCUCCAAGCUCAUCCUUCUUCUUUCUUCUUCUUAUUCUCUCUCUCUCUUCUCCAUGCUUCUUCCUCUCUCAAACGCAGAUCUGGGUUUCAUCACAUAAAUUAAUGAUCUGAAGAAGUUGGUGAUAAUAAGAAAAGCAAUACAAAUCAAUUUUGCCUAAAGGAAAAAAAAAAAAAGAAGAAAAAAUUCAUCUUCUUCCUUCUUUUCUCUUUCGAUAGUUUUGCCUACUCAUUCUCUAUCUACCUUCCUCCUUCCUUUCCUUGCUCAUCCUUCUUCUUUCUUCUUCUUAUUCUUUUUCUCUCUCUUCUCCUUUAUUCUUCCUCUCCAAAUCAAACCCAGAUCUGGGGUAGAAUAUAAGGCAGAGCUUGAUCUCCAACUAUAAUCAUAGCACUCAAAACUGCCUUCCAAAUGGAUCCUACGAAGGGUAAAGUUUGUGUCACAGGUGCUGCCGGCUACCUGGCUUCUUGGCUGAUCAAGCGUCUCCUCCUGUCUGGCUAUCUCGUCGUCGGAACAGUUCGUGAUCUCGGAAAUGAAAAGAAGUUAGCACAUUUAUGGAGGCUAGAAGGAGCCAAGGAGAGAUUGAAACUAGUGAAGGCUGAGUUAAUGGAGGAGGGAAGCUUUGACCAGGCAAUCAUGGGCUGUCAUGGAGUCUUCCACACUGCUUCCCCUGUUUCGAAGCCCUCUUCUGACCCAAAGGCAGAAAUCUUGGAGCCAGCCUUGAAGGGGACAUUGAACGUCCUGCGGUCGUGUAAGAAGAAUCUGGCGCUGAAGCGAGUGGUUCUCACUUCGUCUUCUUCGACUGUUAGGAUUAGAGAUGAUUUCGACCCAAAAGUCUAUCUUGAUGAGUCAUCUUGGAGCUCCAUUGAGCUAUGCGAGAGGUUGCAGGUUUGGUAUGCUCUAUCAAAGACCCUAGCCGAGAAGGUUGCUUGGGACUUCUGCAUCGAGAACAAGAUUGAUCUGGUCACCAUUCUACCUUCUUUUGUUAUCGGACCUAGUCUGCCACCAGAAUUAUGUGCUACCGCAUCCGACGUCCUUGCCUUGCUACAAGGGGAAACAGUGCAAUUCAAGUGGCAUGGGAGGAUGGGAUAUGUUCACAUAGAUGAUGUUGCACAGUGUCACAUCCUUGUUUAUGAGCAUGAAGCUGCUCAGGGGCGAUACAUCUGCAACUCAGCUGUGGUGGAUAACAACGAAUUGGUGUCAUUGCUAUCGGCUCGUUAUCCAUCUCUUCCCAUCCCAAAGAGCCAAGCACCAGAAGCCCCAUAUUUGCCAGAAGCCACUUCUGGACACGUAUCCACGCGGCCUGGACCGUUUGUGUGGCUGCAACGAAUCCCACAUCUGUGAUGGUGCUUUGAAUAACAGGGACAUUUUCCGUCCAGACAUGCUCCCAAAGAUCACUACAUUACAAGAACGUCAUUGUUGUAGCAGUGUUACUGCUUUUUCAUAAAGAUAAGAGAAUAGAAAUAGGUAAGAUCA